AUGCUCCACAUCUUCCUAAAGAUCUCGCUUCUACUCUUUUCUCUGUGGAUUCAUGGCAUAAAGGCCAAUUCAUGGUCAUGUAACGAAGCGCUUACCACCACGCGUGAUGCUGCCGUAUGUAAAAUCAGGAAUGGGAACGCUGUAAAGUCGUAUAGCUGUAGUUACAAAAGCUGCUGGAGUGAUAAUCAUCAAUAUAUCGAGUUGGGAAAUUGUCGACGCUACAAAACAGAAGGAUUUAGUAUCCAACAAUGUGCUCAAUACGAACACCAGGGGGAUGACGUUUACAAAUGCACCAACCCUGGGGGUCUAGUCUAUCACUGCCUAUACCAUCCUCAAGAAUGGGUUAUACCCAUGGAUUGUUCAAAGUGCCAACCGAUACCGUGA